AUGGAGUUCCAAGCGGGCCAGAACCCGUUCCUCAUGGACGACACCGACUACGGCGCGCCCGCCGGCGGCGCGGCCAGCUCCAACCCUUUCUUGACUGGCGGCGACGACUACGACAUGCCGUCCAUGGCGGACAACCCGUUCCUCAGCGCCAUGGGCGGCGCGGAGGACGGCGCGGCCGCUUACCUGGCCUCGAAUGGCGCGAGCACCAACCCCUUUGCCGCAUUCGCCGCGCCGGAGCCUGCGCCGGCGGCCGCCCCCGCGCCGGCCUGGGACGCGUACGGCUACCAGGCGCAGCCCGCGGCCAUCCCGCCGUCGACGCUGCACCUGCAGGACAACGCGAUGCCCGCACAACCCGGCGUGGACUACUGCGCCGAGACCAGCGACAUCUUCGGCGGGCAGGCGCGCGCGCAACCGCCGAGCCAGCCCACCUCGGGGAGGAGCUCGCCCAUGCGCCCGCCGCCCCCACGGCCCAUGCCGCCCGAAGAGACCAAGAACCUCAUCCUGAGCGUGACGGGCACCAUGGAGGCAACAUCACAUCACCUCCUCGAUCGGCUGCCCCCGACCAGGACGCCGAGCCCGACUCUGAUGCGCGACACCCCUAGCCCGACUGAGCAGCACUACGCCGACUUCCUUGGCGUGGGCGGCGCUGGCGUGGCCCCGGACACGUCGCAUGAGGUCAACCUGCUCGGUGACCUGGACGACUUGACCAUGCCUCCACCUAUGAUCGCGACCCAGCCAAUCGCUGUGCCACUUACGUCCAGCGACAUCAUGGACAUGUUCGACGCAGGGGCGCCCGCCCCAGCAGCUGCUCCAGUGUCAAUCUUCGGGGUGCCUCCGUCAGAGCCGGUAGCGAGCGAGCCCGCGCCCGCCGCGCCCGCCCCGGAGGUCCAGCCGGCCGCUCCUGUGGCCGCGCAGGUCCCGCCCGUGGUCGUGCAGGCUGCCGCCGUGGCUGCGCAGCCCGCCCCGGUGGUCGCGCAGCCCGCCCCCGUGGUCGCGCAACCCGCCCCCGUGGCCGCCCAGCCCGCUGCCGUCACGUCGCCACCAAUGACCACCCCGGUGGCAGCGCCGCCGGUCAGCACCCCCGCCAAGGUGCCUCCAGCGCGUCCGCCACCAGCACGGCCGCCCCCGAGACCUGCACCGCCCGCCAAAGUACCGUCUCCGGUCGUCACACCCACCGCACCGCCCCCAGCCCCGGCGAGGGCCACUCCGGACACUGCCGCUCCCCCUCUGCCGCCAGCCCCGGAAGUCCCGGCGAGGACGCCGAGUGCGACGACCACGCCGACACGGCCGGAACUGCCCCCUCCUCCCACAUUCACCCCCGCACCAGCCCCCGAGCCUGUACCGCAGCACGACCAGAGCGACCUGUUCGGCGUGCCCACCGCCAACGGCGGGCCCAAGAAGACAGCCGAGAUCAUGAACCUCUUCGGCUCGGACACGGCAGCGGUCAAUGCGCUCAACUCUGCCCCGUCAGCUCAACCCGCGAACGACUACUUCGGGGGCGGCGGGGGCUUUGGGGGCGAGCAGCGGGCCGCGCCGGCCCCAGUCGCAGCACCGGCCCCAGCCUCGGCCUUUGGCGCCUCCAACGACAACGACUUCGAUGCCUUCUCUGCCAAGUUUGAGAGCGCUUCUGCCACGACCAUCACCUCGGACCCAUUCGCCGACCCCUUCGGCGGAAGCGGGGGUGGUGGUGGGGGCGGGGCGGACGCCUUCGGUGGAGGAGGCGACGCUUUCGGUGGGAGUGAUGCUUGGGGAGCAAGCGCAACUCAGACGUCAGGUGGCGGCGGUGGCGGCGGUGGUUUCGGCGGCGAGGACGGCUUUGACGAGUUCCUCUCGCUACAAGCGCCCCCGCCCGUGCCGCAGUCGACGCCGGCGCGUGUCUCCAGGGCGGGUUCAGCCGAUUCCGACGACGCCCCCGAUUUCAGCGUCGUCAUCAAACCUCAGAGCGAGUUCGGCACGGGCUUCGACGCCUCGGACGGCUUUGUCCCCCAGCUUGCCCCACCGCCGCCUAGACAGCAGCAGGCGGCGUUCGUGGACACCACGCCCAGGUUCAACCCGUUCGACUUCCGGGGCGACUCGGGGGCGCCCGUGCAGCAGGAGCCACAGCGCCCAGUCCUGGCAGGCACUCCGCCAGGCGAUUUCAAACGGACCGACUCGGCCGAGACCCCGCCCACGCCCCUGUUCGACGAGGACACAUCGUACCCGCUCGAGGACUUCCCCCGCAUCCACUAUGACGGGCCAGGAUGGGAGAUGCAACUUCGCCAGCCAAACCGAAAGAAGAUCACCGGACAAAGAUACUGGAAGAAGAUCUUCAUCAAGCUUCUGUAUCAGGGAGAUAACCCGGUGCUGCAGCUCUUCAACACACCGACUGACAAGGACCCCUUCCAGGAACUGCCUCUCCAGCCGUGUUACUGCGUGUCGGACAUCAGCGCUCAGCAGUUUGACCAGUACGGCAAGAUCUUCACGGUGAAGCUGCAGUACGUGUUCUACAAGGAGCGGCCCGGCGUGCGGCCUGGCCAGGUCACCAAGGCCGAGCGGAUCACCAACAAGCUCAGCCAGUUCGCCGCGUACGCGAUCCAGGGCGACUACCAGGGCUGCAAGGAGUUCGCCUCCGACCUGAAGAAGCUCGGCAUGCCCGUCGAGCACGCGCCACAGAUCUCGCAGCUGUUCAAGAUCGGCUCGCAGACCUACGAGGACAUGAAGCAGUUCUCCAUCGCGGUCGAGGAGGCCCUGUUCAAGCUGCAAUCGCACCGAGACCGCGCGCUCAACUACAAGCAGGAGGAGGUGCAGAUCACGGCCGUGGACGAGCUGUACGUGGAGCAGGACAAGGUGGGCCACGUGGAGCGCCAGAUCGCGCGCGUCCGCCUCUUCUUCCUCGGCUUCCUCUCGGGCAUGCCGGACAUCGAGCUCGGCGUCAACGAGAUCUCGCGCCAGGGCAAGGAGGUGGUCGGCCGGCACGACAUCAUCCCCGUCGUCACGGAGGAGUGGAUCCGGCUCGAGAGCAUCGAGUUCACGUCCUGCGUGCAGCAGGACGAGUGGGACAAGAACAAGAUCAUCAAGUUCAAGCCGCCAGACGCGUGCUACAUCGAGCUGAUGCGCUUCAGGGUGCGCCCGCCCAGGAACAGGGAGCUGCCCCUGCAGCUCAAGACCACCAUGUGUGUCACGGGCAACAAGGUCGAGCUCCGGGCGAACGUCCUAGUUCCAGGAUUCUCCAGCCGGAAGUACGGACAAAUUCCCUGCGAAGACAUCUCCAUUCGCUUCCCGAUUCCGGAGUGCUGGAUAUACCUGUUCCGGGUAGAGAAGCACUUCCGCUACGGGUCCGUCAAGUCCACCCACCGAAGAGCCGGCAAGGUGAAGGGCAUCGAGCGCUUCCUCGGCACCGUGGACACCAUGGAGCCGUCGCUUCUCGAGGUCACCUCCGGCCAGGCCAAGUACGAGCACCAGCACCGUUCCAUCGUGUGGAGGGUGGCUCGCCUGCCCAAGGAGGGCCAAGGUGCCUACACGACGCACACCCUCACCUGCCGCAUGAGCCUCACCUCGUUCGACCAAAUCCCCCCGGACCUGGAGCAGAUCGCCAAGUACGCAUACGUCGAGUUCACGAUGCCGCAGACGCAGGUGUCGCACACCACGGUGCGCUCCGUGUCCAUCCAGCCCCAGCCCGACGAGCCGCCGGAGAAGUACGUGCGUCAGCUGUCGAGACACGAGUACAGGGUCGAGGUGGAGUUCACCCAGGGCGAGGGCCCCGCCGCCUACAUCGCGGCCACCAUGGUGAAGCCGGCCCCCGCCGCCCCCGCGCCCGCCCCUGCCGCCGUGCCCGCGCCCGUCGCCGAGGAGAGCGACAGCGACAGUGACUGAGACCAAGUAGAGCGGCGAGACGGCUGUUUCACUGCUGUUUACCAGGACAACCUGUGUAGUGCUGGUCCACUUACAUGUUGGAGUCGGAUAAAUAGCACUUGUUUGUUAUUGUGUAGAAAACGUGUGGAUGUCCCCUAUAUCUCCUUUACUUUUGGACAGUUAGCAGAGAAAUUCUAUCUUUAUUUUCUUCCAGCGAUCUCGUUAUUGUCUUCAAAGUAUAGAUGUAAUAAUCACCCUUUAAAAUUAAAUGUGUGUUGCAAACUGGUUGGAUAUGGAUAUUUUUCGCCAUGAUCUAGACUUCCAUAUUCCGCUUGAUAUAUUUCAUAAUGACUGAUAUAUAGGUAAAAUAGAUUUACUUUAGGAAGGACUGUUUGUUCAGGUCAUACUAUUACGCACGCAAAGUUACCUCGUCUCGGGGUUAUGUAUAAUUAUUAUUGCCAAAAAGUAUUUUGUUUGAUGUGACUUAUCUGUAGUGAACUUGCUUAAGUACAUGCUUUGUGUGCGUCGUGCUUUGUAGAAAAUGUUGUUCAUAACGUAAUUGAUCUUACCUUGUAGGUGUAUGUAAGCAUGAAGAAAUUGGUUUGACAAUACUCGGCAAUUCUUCUCCAGAGAAUGCACUCUAAAGUUUAGUACCGAGCGCAUUGGGAUCGAUCUGACAGUUGCCCAUGCCCAGAAGGCUUCAUUUUAUCCUUUUUGAUGCGAAUAACGACGCGUCUGUAAGAUGAGUUCGAUCAGUGCGAUUCACCUAUCGCAUUCCCAUUUAGAACUUAUGGAAAAGUUAUCGAUUUAGUUAUAAAACUGUUGUACGUUCUUCUAUUGGUGAUCAUAUCGUUGUCGUUAAGUGGUGAUAUUACUUUAAAUGUAAAGUUUUCCGUUUUGUGUGUGACUAUGUGAGUAAGUUUUUCUGGAUGCCAAAACACGAUGUGUUUUCGGCAAGACCCCGAUGAGUGAAAAAAGUGCCAUAGAGACAGCUACCAGGAUUUGUAGCACUGUACAUACUUUUGUUUGUUUUUGUUAUUUUUCUCAUUCGACCUGGUUCGAGAGCCUCGCUCCGCCAGCCUGCAGAACUGUGGAGUAUAAUCUAGUCGUAAGACACGCCGUCUUGUCAGACACGUGGUUUAUUAUUGUAUUGUCUUAAGUGUUGCGCUUUAGAUAUCACUGUUGUCGUCGAACACACACAUUCAUUUGUUAUGUACAGAAUCGUAUAACAUAGUUAACGUUGAUGAAGUUACUCUAAACUAGCUGUAAAGUCCGAUGCAGAACGUCACCCGAAAGACAUGUGCUAAGAAAAUUGCGUUCAGUCCGAUUUGCGCUUAGCUUUGGGCGUAGCUAGGUGGCACAUGUGUAAUUUCUUGUUUCUAGCAGGGUUCGGCAUCACCCACUGUGAUAGCACAAUGAUGCAUUUAGAGGAUGAAAGGCAAAAGAGUGAGUGAAACCACUGAGUGUAUGGAACCACGGAGCGAAUGAAACUACGGAGCAAAUGGAACCACAGAGUGAAAGUUGUGUGCAAGCGUAAGCUUCCUUUCGUUUUUGUUUCUUUUUUGAAAUUAAGGCGCGGCUGGUGUCACUAUAGAACCGGUGUCAUGUAAAACGACGCUCCGCCUAAUGAAUGCUAAAUCCCAGAUAUGAUCAAAGUUGUGUGCAAAAUUGAAUUGGUAACAAAACGAUAUCAGAAUUGUGUCGAUUUCAGGACCAUCUUCCAAAAAUAGACACUUGUCCCGAUACCGCUCUGAUAUCGUAUUAAUAUGCACUCACUGGCCCUGGGAAAACAAAGGUGUUGAGUUGCACCUUUAAAGAAUGCUACGGUUUUUAGUGCCCUCAAAAAAACAUUAAAGCUGUUGAAGAUACUAAUUUUUAGCACCUUCACGGUUCUUUCAUGCCUUUAUAGAGGCAUUAAACUUAAAAAUUUCGUUGGCAUCUUUGCAAAGGUGCGACUUUACACGUUUGUUUUCCCAAUUUUUGUAUUCGGGCAUUUUGGCCUCAUUCCUUCGGCGCGCUUCUGUCCGCGUGAUGACCAGCCAGGAGUGCCAGUCACGCUGAUUUUUCUUUCACCCAUUUUCGGCCGCUGAGGCUUAAAACCUCCGGCUCCAGCGACAUACCAAAGACAGCUAGUCAGCAGGCGGAGGCCCGGGCCCGACAGGUGCAACAAAAGCACCGGGGGUUGGCGCCUCCCGCCCUUUAUUGUAGGUUGUAUAUAUUAUCCUCUAAGUACAGUUUAAGAAAGUAGACUAGACCUUUUUGUGUUUUUUAAAUCCUUUUGUUGAACAUUUUUACCUACGGAUGUCACAAACGUGUUUCCGAAGCGAGUGAAUUCUAGUCCGACUUUUCAGUCGUUAGGUUUAGAGAGUGGUCGCCUGUCUCCCUCAAGAAGGCUAAGCCCAUCAUGACAAAUAACUUACCGUACAAAUUAAGUCUUAAAGUAAGUGAUAUAACAAUAACUAAGUUGUAAAGGUCACCCGCCAUGGAAUAACGUAGAUUAUACAUGCAAAUACUGUUGACGUGGGAUGUGUUGAUAACUCCCCAAUUUUUGUUUUAAUCGAAAGCCAUAGCGGCCUCGCAUUGCUCAUGUUACGAGCUUUUAAAAACGAGUGCAAGUUAAUUUUUUAAGGAAAAAAAAUAAUUCGAUAACUCUAACUUUUAGGAGAGAAUAUCAUUUUCAGUUUCGCACAUUAGGGUCGCUACCGAUUGUCUCAAAAAGCGGCAUUCCUUAAGUACUUAUUAAAAUGUUAGCAUAAUCCGCGUGAAAGGCGUUGAGGGCUGCUCGGAGACACGCUAUGGUACUUCCCUGUUGCGUGCUUCUCCGGCAGCCAUUUCUUGUACAUACCAAUACUAUGCUGGGUCCAAAAGAAUCCUAGCUUAAUUAAGGUAUUUAUCAGCAUUUGUGAUCAGUAGCUUCGCUAUUCAUUAAUGUAAUUAUGUAUUUGUUAAUAUGUGAUUUCCUUUGCCUUGAUUGUGUACCGUGCUGCCAUUCUGUUUCCUUUCAAAAGAGUCUCUGCAACUGUCCCUAUUUCAUUGUUUUAAUGUCCCUUAAGAAUAGGAAAAAAAUGAGUGCGUGGCUGUAGCUCACUAGGUAAAAUAUUACUUGGGAUGAAUAGACACUGUUCCAACAAUACUGUAAAAUGUUACAUAAACGAAUAAAUCGAUGCAAAAACCUUCUUAUCAGUUGAUCCGAUGUCUCAAUCUUUCUGCUGCUGGUUGUGUUUCUAACCAUCCAAGGCAACUUUACUGAAGGGAUUGUUUUUGUCUGUAUAUAUGUAUAAAAACAUAUUUUUGUGCGAAAACAUAAAAAUAACGCUUGUGAAACGCUCUAGUUCUGGAACUUUAGACAUAUGCACUUUGAUGUAAUGUAUGUUCUUUAGCUAAUAUGAUGUUAUCCACCACAUCAUUUCAACUGUAAACAAAAUAUUGGAAUAAGAUCCAGAUUAGUGAUAAUCUCAUAAAACCAUGGCAAAAGCAUAAGAUAUGAGUGCGAUCAGAUUGUAAAUUAAACGAGAGUGUAAUUUGUUGCUUUUAGUAGAGACAAAAACUGUUUGAGGAAAGGUUCAUUUUAUUUUUGAAUUGUGAAUUUUGCGAGGUUCUAUGUACUGUUGAAGUGUAUUGUAUGUACCAAUCUACGUAUCAAAGAUUACUUGUUAUGUAUUGUCAAAGUGCAUUUCAGAAUUAAUAAAAAUAAAGAGUAUAUGGACAGUAAA